AUGAAUACAAGAGAGGAAACCGAAUCUUGUAGAUUCUAUGCUAUCAAACUAAAUGGUCAUAGGAGAGCUAGCCACAAGGAUCUUACCUCUCAUCAAAAUGGUGACGUGAACACUUCAAAUAUUGAGGAUGAGCUUGAUCCAUGGACUGCUUUGGCAUACAAACCUCGUACCAUUUCAAUGUUACUUAUUGGUGCAUUUUUCCUAGUAUGGGCAAGUGGAGCACUUGAUCCUGAACAUAGUUCUUCAAUUGAUCUUGUUACCUCUGUGAAAAGGGGUACAUGGGCAAUGAUUGCAGUGUUUCUUGCGUAUUGUUUGUUGCAAGCUCCUUCUACAGUACUAGUCAGGCCACAUCCUGCAAUUUGGCGUCUCGUUCAUGGAAUAGCCGUCGUUUACCUAGUCGUAUUGACAUUUUUGCUUUUUCAGAGGCGUGAUGAUGCUCGGCAAUUUAUGAAAUACUUGCAUCCUCAUCUUGGUGUUGAACUUCCUGAACGAUCCUACGGUGCUGAUUGCCGAAUUUAUGUGCCUGAAAAUCCUACAAACAGGUUUAAGAAUGUUUAUGAGACACUUUUUGAUGAGUUUGUUCUGGCCCAUAUUCUUGGAUGGUGGGGAAAAGCUAUCAUGAUUCGCAAUCAGCCUCUUUUAUGGGUACUUUCAAUUGGAUUUGAGUUGAUGGAGCUAACCUUCCGCCACAUGUUACCCAACUUCAACGAAUGCUGGUGGGAUAGCAUUAUUCUUGAUAUAUUAAUCUGCAAUUGGUUUGGUAUUUGGGCAGGAAUGCGUACUGUUCGAUACUUCGAUGGUAGAACUUAUGAGUGGGUUGGUAUAAGCCAGCAGCCAAACCUUAUUGGCAAAGUCAAAAGAACAUUGGGUCAGUUUACACCUGCACGGUGGGACAAAGAUGAAUGGCACCCUCUUCUUGGUCCAUUACGAUUUGUUCAAGUUCUCAGCCUUUGCAUUGUUUUCUUGACUGUUGAACUCAAUACGUUCUUUCUCAAGUUUUGCCUUUGGAUUCCUCCUCGAAACCCCCUCAUAGCAUGGAGGUUGGUCUUUUGGUGGCUUAUAGCUAUACCAACAAUUCGUGAAUACAAUUCUUACCUGCAGGACAGGAAACCGGAGAAAAAGGUGGGAACAUUUUGUUGGCUUUCGCUUGGUAUCUGCAUUAUGGAACUCCUCAUUUGCAUCAAGUUUGGACAUGGAUUGUUUCCUAAUCCCAUGCCCAAGUGGUUGGUAAUUUUUUGGUCGUCUGUUGGGAUUGGCCUCGUAAUAUUCUUGGCUGCAUGGUCGUGGCAACUGCAAAGGGUGGUGUAUAAAAAAUGGCGAUAA